AUGGCCACAAAGAUCAAGCCAGGAGAAGAUGCUGAUUAUGACGAAGACUACGCCGUUGAGCUGGCAAAUAUGAAGGCGAAGAGGAAAACCCUGCGUCGUCAGAUCACGGUGUCAAACACACAGGUCGAGACUCUGACUAACUCCAGAGGCUCACGGGGAGCCAUUCAAGGUUUACUACGCCAUCUCAACGACUUAAUACUCCGAGCCUCACAGCUUCAGACCGACAUCUCUACCAUGGAAGAUGACGAGGAAGAAGCCGAAAGACAAGACGCCAAUCACUUGGGUUAUGUCACGCGUGUUGGUGAGCUGUCUGCCAACGCUCAAAAUUAUAUCAGGAGUAGAGAUGGAGAUGCAGCGUCCAUUGUUGGACCGAACGUCGUUCCGGAUCGAGACCCACCUCUACCUCCCGUUUCUCCAUCUGAAAUUCUCCGGCGAGAGCAAGCUCGUCAAGAGGAAAUUGCAGCCACUCGACUGAGAGCUGAGAGAGCCCGAGAGCAAGCUGUGAGGACCCGCCAGCAAGCAGAUCAAGCAUGGGAGGAAGCGGACGCAGCACAAGCUGCCCUUAGGCUACUCGGCGUCGAACCUCCCGGAGGAUCGAUACCACCAGAUGAUGACCAUUUCACUUCCAUCAGUCAACAGAUCAACAACACCACUCCGCUAGCGAAGACAUUGUUGGAUCAACAACGUCAGAAGAAUCUCGAUAGCACUCAAGAAACUCCUGACACCUGGAUCGAUCUGUAUAGUGCUGGCCGUCUACCUCCUGUUAUCACUGCUCGUAGUACACGCUCAUCAGUAUCGGCGGAAUUGGAACCUUUCGACGGAAAGGCUUUGGAGUGGUUUUCCUGGAUCGAUUUGUUUCGAGCAUUGGUGCACGAUACCCCCAAGUCCCCCGGAGAGAAGUUAGCCCUUUUAAAGAGAUUUCUCCGAGGAGACUGUUUGGACCUGGUAUACGGACUAGGAGGUGGUGAAGCAGCCUACAUCGAGGCCCUGGUUCGGCUGAAGCAGACAUGUGGCCGCCGAGACGUCAUGAGAGCAGCACAUCACCAAGCCAUCCAGAAGUUAGAGACGAAGCAAGAUCCGGCGUCAUUCAAGAGAUUUGCCGAACGUAUCCGCACACAUUUAUUCGACCUUAGCCGAAUUGGAGAGACGGGGACGACGGAUUUGAUUGAGAAGAUUUGUCUCAAAUUACAUCUAAACGAUCGGUUGGCCUGGAAUGAAGACAGACGGGGACGGAUCGAAGAUCGAAGCUUGAACACCUUCGGAAUGUGGCUAUGUUCCCGUGCUUCCGCGUAUCAGAACGCUUUCAGCAUCGCAGCCGAUCAAGUCAAUCCAACUUCGUCAAAACCGAGCAAUCAACGACGCCAAGCCCGGACCAAUCAGAGUUCAGCAAAGAUGGCAGGUGAACAAAAACAAGUUUCUUUCCCCUUCGCUGGAAAACCGUUCUGUUUUAAAUGCGAGAAAGGACACAGAUUGCCGGAUUGUGAAGAUUUUAAAUCACUUUCCGUCGGGGAGCGUCUGACUUUCUGCAUGCGCCGUCGUCUUUGUUUCAGUUGCUUCUCGACUAAACAUUCAGUUUACGAAUGUGACAAGCGAAAGCCGUGUAAACACUCUGGUUGCGGCUAUUACCAUCACCCGCUGUUACACCAUGUUGCCAAGGAAAAACCGCCGACAGAAACCGAAGAAACGGCUCGACCUACAACCGCAAGAAUCGGAGCCCCUCGACAAGUCACCAUGGGUAUGCUGCGUCUUCCAGUGAUGGCUGACGACGGAAGUUGGGUGUUAGCCAACAUCUUCUUCGACGAAGGUAGCGAUUCAACUCUAAUGCGAAGUGCCUUCGCCACGGCCCUGAAACUCCGCGGCCCACGUCAGAUCUUAGCUGUGGACGGAGCUGGCGGAAUAAUCAACCGCUAUCCAUCGACCAGGGUCCAGUUUCGAGUUCGAGCGGCGGAUGGCAAUAUCUUCUCUCUAGAAGGAUCUACCAUGAAAACUGUAGCCAGCCCUACACCCAUCACCGACUGGAACAAGGAGAAGUCUCAUUGGUCUCAUCUUAAAAACCUUCCGCUCGGCGAAACAGGAGGAAAGGUCGACGUCUUGAUCGGGCUAGAUCAUGCACACCUGCUGGCCGUCCGAGAUUCAAGAGUUGGUGAAGAAAAGGAACCUAUCGCCUCCAAGACCGCCUUCGGAUGGGUCGUGAGAGGAGUCGUCAAUGGACGAGUAAAUUCGGCUUCCGCCCGUAGCUGCAAGAUUUCCGGAUUUACUUCCUUAGCCAACCUCGCUACUGAAAUGCGCCGAUUCUGCGACACAGAAGAUUAUGGAACGGAGCAUCAAGUCGGCUGCCUGUCGCCCGAGAAUAAACGCGCUCUCGCAAUUGUCCAAGAGAAAACCAGGAGAUUGGAAGUCGGAUACGAAGUGCCGAUCAUAUGGCGAGAAGGAGAACCCGACUUGACCAACAAUCGUCCGAUGGCCGAAAAUAGAUUCCGUAGCAUGUUGAAUCGAUUCAAACGUCAGCCAGAAUUCGAAGAGGAUUACCGAGCAGCUGUCCGGAAAUACUUCGACAAAGGUUACGCUUCCCGUGUUCCUGAUCCAGCUACCGCAAAAUACUUCCUAGCCCAUCAUGGAGUUUACAAAGGAAAGAAGCUACGUGUGGUCUACGACGCCGCUGCCCCGUUCAAGGGAAAAUGUCUCAACGAUUCGAUAAUCAGUGGCCCAGCUCUUCAACCAUCUUUGGCGGCCGUCAUCACUCUUUUCCGAGAGGGAGCCGUAGCCUGGGCGUCCGAUAUCGAAGCCAUGUUCAGCCGCUUCCGGCUUUCCAUCGAAGACCGGGAUUACUUCUGUUUCCUAUGGCAGGAGAAAGACGACAUCGAACCAAUUGUUUGUCGGAUGGACCGACUUCCUUUCGGAGCCAGCUGCUCCCCUUUCGUGGCCAUUUAUGGAGUGCGCCGCAUCCUGAAGGACACCGGAGCACCAGACAAGGUGGUUUGUGCCGUCGAGGAGAAAAUGUAUGUAGAUGACUAUUUAGGAUCCGCAACAUCCGUUACUGAAGCAGUUGAAGAAGCCGUCACAGUCAAAAACUCCUUGUCCGCUGCUGAUCUCAAUCUUCAAGGAUGGAUCUCAAAUUCGCCGGAAUUUUUACUGGAGGUGUCGAAGACCGAUCGGCCGGUAACAGCUACACCUUCCGCUCAUCCGCUCACCAGUGAGAGCACAGAAAAGGUUCUUGGCGUCGUCUGGGACACCAAUUCUGACACUUUAGGAUUCCUAGUAGCCAAAUCAUCCGACGCAGCCCUAACUCGCGUCAGUCUGGUCAGCAAGGUAGCCGGUGUGUUCGACCCGCUUGGAACGGCUUCGCCGUUGAUCGUCAAGGCCAAGAUUCGUCUAAGAGCAUUGGGUCUCAAGGGACUCGACUGGAGCGACGAAAUUACCGGUGACGACGAGAUUUGGUGGCGUAGCUGGUUCAUCGCUUUGGAACAACUUAACACAUUGAGGAUGCCACGAUGCUUAUUUCCGGAAGAAGCCCAAAUCAUCGACGCCGAACUUCAUACCUUCUGUGAUGCUUCGGAAGAGGCCUAUGCUGCAGUGAUUUAUCUUCGCGUCCAAUACUCCGACGGUCACGUUUUGGUUCGACAGGUACGAGCAGCGAACAAGCUCGCGCCGAUGAAGACGAUUUCCAUUCCCAAACUCGAGCUCAACGCAGCCCUGUUGGGCGCUCGCCUCCUACGGACCGUUCACUCAACCCUCAAAUCGAAAAUCAAGGGACGGAAGCUUUGGACAGAUAGCAGCACCGUCCGAAACUGGAUUCGGGCCACGGCGGCCUAUUAUCAAAUAUUCGUCAGUAACCGGAUAGGCGAGAUCCAGACAAUCACCCAGCCUGAAGAAUGGCGAUUUAUUCCGGGAAAAUUAAAUCCAGCGGAUCUGGCCACCCGCUCCUCCCUGGACGAACAGCCCAUCCCACCCGUUUGGUUGAAUGGGCCGGACUUUUUACUUCAGUCUGAAGACCAUUGGCCACCCGAUCUACCGUGGAUGGCGGUAAAGGAGGAAAUCCGCCCGAGUCGCUCCUAUACUGCUGUGGUGGAGAAAUCUGCUGACCGGUGGAAAGAAAUCCACAUUGGCCCCGAAGAUGUUCCAGCGCUCUCCAAAUUGGAUGAAAAAUAUCUGGAGCUGGUCCGGUUGUGCCAAUCUGAAGUUUAUGAAGAGGAACUACACCGAUUCAAAAAGGGCAAACAGCUUCACUCUACAUCCAGUUUGCUGGCUUUGGCCCCUAUUUUAGGUUCUGAUUGUGUGUUGCGACUCGGAGGACGAGCUGGACGCGCAAAGUUACCUUACGACCAGCUGCAUCCCCCCCUUCUUCCUGGAAGCCAUCCGUUCACCGAAAUGAUCAUCCGCGCUUUCCACGAACAUCUCCAACACGUUGGGACGGACUUUCUGCUCAGUUACAUCCGUCAGCAUUUUUGGAUUACCAGCGGAAGAGAAGCAGUGAAAAGAGUCCGUCGCAACUGUACCAUUUGUCGGCGCAAUCGGGCCAAGCCAGGCGAACAAUUGAUGGGAGACCUUCCCGAUUCACGGCUCGAUUCCGGCUCUCUCCCGUUUACUCGUACUGCCGUCGACUUAUUUGGGCCAUUUGAGGUUGGCCUUGCCCGAAACCGAACGACUAAGCGUUGGGGCGUGUUGUUUACCUGCAUGGUCACCCGCGCCGUAUUCCUGGAGCUCGUCCCGUCGCUCUCAACAAGCGAUUUUCUGUUGGCCCUACGAAAAUUCAUUUCUCUCUACAGAAAGCCCGAGGUAAUUCAUUCUGAUAAUGGAACCAAUUUUGUCGGUGCCGAAAGAGAGCUGCGGGAAGCCGUCGAAGAAAUGUACGCGUCCCAGGCGAUCCCAGAUUUCAUGAAAGGGGUCAGCAUCAAAUGGACCUUCCAACCGCCUCGGACACCUCAUUUUGGAGGCGCCCACGAAUCGUUGGUCCGUUCCACCAAGAAGGCGUUAUACAACGCCUUGGAGCAAGAAAAGAACAGCUUCCGUCACCCGACUGAAGAUUUGCUCAGAACAUUAUUGUAUGAAUUCCGAUCCGGCGGAUUUCCGCCCGUUAACGCCGAACGAUUUUCUAAAUCGGCCGCCAACUGCAUAUCCACCAGCUGGAUCAUUUGA